CUUCGUAUUUCCUUUUCGAUGUGUUGUCUACAUGAUGGAGUUUCGUAGCCACGAUAGAGGGAAACACAACAAUUACACGGCCUUUGAAGCCGUUUUAUUUUCACAUAACACCGUGUAAGAUCCCCCAAGGAACGGUGUCAUCACUAACCAUGCCAGUGGAAGCAGGAAACCCGCUUAUCCAUGCAAGAGAUAGAUUAUUUCGGGCGCUGUUUUUCAAAAUGGCGCUUAUGUAUGCGAGGUCCUUUCCUCCACUUGUUCGUGCUCUCCUCGAGAUGGGUGUUCUCAUUAAGGCAUUGACAUGCUUCAUCAUCUUGGCCUAUAUACAUAAUGCGUUUUCUAGAACGCCUAUAGACUGUUUGGACCAUGUAAAAUCUACAUGGCCACGGGAUGGCGUCCUACGGGUCACCAUAAAAAGAACUGCUCCCCUGACUCGUCUCCCUGAUAAUGACAAUAGCACUAUUAUGAACAGUACUUUAUCGGAAAAGCUCAAUAGUAGUAUAGACUGGAAUAUUACAGAGCUGAAGGACUCUCAUGAGAAAGAAAACAAGUCUAUUAACUUGACCUACAGGCUAUAUGGCGAUGUAAAACCUCAGCACAGUCAGCUGCCGGUCAGAAACACUGAGGUUCAUAGUACACUUGAUUUACUGAGCCAUAAAGAGGAGGAAGAGAAAAAAGAAGAAUAUUGCAUGGAGUAUGCAUUGGAGUAUGGGUUUCUAAGACUUUCCACAGAGACCCGCAAGCGCCUCAACAUAACUGUCAUGACAGUCAAACUAAAUCCAGAGGAAGAGCAGUGCUUUGGUGACACACUCAGCCGUUUCUUGUUGGAUGAGUUCCUCGGAUAUGAUGACGUGCUGAUGUCAAGUAUUAAAAGGCUUGCCGAGCAUGAAGACAACAAAGGUUAUCUGAGGAAUGUAGUGACUGGAGAUCACUUCAGAUUUAUCAGCAUGUGGAUGGCACGCAGCUCUUAUCUUGUUGCGCUGGUCCUCAUGUUCAUAUUUACCAUAUCAAUAUCAAUGUUGUUGAGGUAUUGUCAUCAUCAGAUUUUCAUAUUCAUUGUGAAUCUCCUUCAAAUGCUGGAUCUCAAUGUCACCAUAGCAUUUCCUGCAGCUCCUCUCUUCACUGUUAUUUUGUCUCUAGUUGGUAUGGAGGCGAUCAUGUCUGAAUUUUUUAAUGACACUACAACAAGCUUCUAUAUUAUCCUCAUUGUCUGGACGGCUGACCAGUAUGAUGCCAUUUGCUGUCAUACUCAACAAAGCAAGAAGUUUUGGCUUCGGUUCUUCUACAUGUACCAUUUUGCAUUUUAUGGUUACCACUAUCGCUUCAAUGGACAGUACUCAGGCCUGGCUCUAGUGACUUCAUGGCUAUUUAUUCAGCACUCAAUGCUGUUUUUCUUCCACCACUAUGAGCUACCAGCCAUCCUCAGUCAGGCUCAGCAGUUGGACCCUGAGGAAGACCCCCUAGCUGACCCCAUAGCCAUGCUGACGGAUGAGGUGCAAGUCCCCCCAGCAGAACCUCACCCAGCACCAGCUGUCAAUCACCAGGCCCCAGGGCAAGCCACCAUUCAGAACAUGGUUGCGGACCAGGAUAGGACUUUUACGCAGCCCCAAGAAAGUGCCAGUGACGCUAGAAGGGAAAUAGGAGAUGGGAUUGCCUUUUUUAGUCUACAAGAUGAAGUUGCAGAAGCCACGCUGAGAAGUCGACACAAUGGCUCUUUACCAAUUACAUCCACUGCGCCCCUGCAAAAUUCUGUCCCUGGUAUCCCCACAGAGGAACGCUUACAGACAGUACCUGGAACGUCGUCCGUAGGGGCUCAGCAAGCAGGUGUUGGGACAUCCAUGGCUGAAAGACAGGAGGGCGAAAAACCCAAGACAGGUACAUUUACAGAGUAAAGUUGUUGCGCUUGCGCACUACGGAGAAAAAUAAUCCCACGGCUGUCGUACCGUCAGCAGCAACCGUUGUCAAGCCAACGUCAAUCAAAACAUGCUCUUAUGGAAACAUUAACCCAUGUGCCGUGAAGGACACGCUCUGGAGCAAAAUAUUAUGGAUGAGCUGUUAAUCAGAACGAUGUGUGAGCAGUGUAAACGAGGAGUCACAGGGAAUUCUGGUUAGACUCAUCCGGGAACUUAACUCGUUAUGGACACACUGCGCAUGUGCUGUUGUACAGAGGACAAACAGUGCAAGGAGCCACUUCAAUAAAUCAAAGAGAGAUAAAGUAUGGUAAUCUCACUGAGGUUCACAAAGUCAUGAAAAGAGUACAAGCAUAAAGGGUAUAGAGCUUUAUAGUUAUAAAACCGAUAAUAAAGUAGUGGAAACUA